UCUAAAUACAGCCAGUUUUAAUAGAAAAAUAAUAUCUAUAGAUUAGGGUCUUAGGGUGUAGUACUGGUUGUACUUUUAAAUCACGUACGUACAGUUGGAAGCAAGAGAAAAAACCCACAGACAGCUAAAGGUCUGGAUCUAAUUACACUGACUUGGCCUUCUUCAAGGCUGUGACCUCACAACAAUCAAUUCAUAAUUGAUUAAUUGAUGCAGCCCUAUGCUUAAGUAAGGGUCAAAGGUCGGUGGAUUGUGAAAGGAUUUCACUGGUAUUAAUGGCAUUUUAAAAUAGGACGGUCAUAAUGUGCAGCAGUUUGACAGACUGACAGCUAUCUCAGACUACCAGACUGCAGUGCUGCAGGAUUAUCACACCUCAGCACUUACUCUGACACGCCAACUCAGGUCCAACUCAGCCACCGGUCUAGGCUGGAAGGCAGGGGACAUGAAGUAUUCACAGAAAAGGGGGCGCUCGUCUUAUCCUGUCAGUUUAGGACGACAGGAACCAAAUCAUGUCUUUUUCCUUUGCCCCCUAAAAAAUCUCUUGUCUCUAAAUGAAUGGACAGCUAAACUAUAAAAAUGUGAUUUAAAGGAUGUCCACUAGAUGGAGCAAAACACGCGCAAUACUAUUCCGUCUCAUUCAGCACAACUUGUCCUGACAAAACAUCUUAUAAAAACGACCAAAGCUGAACAAAAACCACUUUGGUUCAUUUUUUGAUAACAAAAAAUAAUAUUACUGCGAGUUCUUAAAGACUAACAAGUCAAAGUCUGUGAUUGUUUGAAUUGUUUUGGUUUUUUGUUGUCGAGUCUGGCGGUCCUGCUCCAAACUUCCACUUUAAGAAGGCGCGUCUCGGCUGCAGUGUAGUGUUUAUUCCAGUCUCCACAGUGGCACAUGGAAACCAUCGCUGACUCCUGCAUGGCACGGGAAUCCUGAGCAAAACAGUGCGUGGAAGUGUCCACGGGAGGAUCAUCUUGGUUGGAUUAUUUGUGUUGUGCGCUGAUCGCUGUCUGCGGCAGCGACAGUGCAGCUCCGCACACGGAGGCGCACGGACAGUGACAGAUCAGCGGAUUCAGACCGUCCGCUGCCUCAGUGGGUGGGUGAGUGGGUGCGUGGAGGAGAUGGUUGUAGGGCUCCGAAGUGAGCCGUGAAGAAGGAGUAGUUACCGCUGCAGCCGUCAGAGGUGAAGCUUACUGAGGUCGUGAGUGAAAUGGAGAGAUCCACACGGCCGGCGGGGACGACCAGCUGCUGCGAGCGCGCCUUGGCCAAACGGCAGUAACCGAACCGUGGAAGUGGAGUGGAGAUGGCAGCGUCCAGUAACUCCAGCCUGUCAGGUUCAUCCGUGUCUUCUGACCCUGAGGAUUACCAGCCGCCCAUAUGGAAGUCCUACUUGUACCAGCUACAGCAGGAAGCACCAAGGCCAAAGAGGGUCACGUGUCCUCAGGAGAUGGAGAGCAGACCCAAAUACUAUGGCAGAGAAUUUCAUGGCAUGAUCUCUCGAGAACAUGCAGACGAGCUGCUGGCUGGAGUGGAAGGAGCGUAUCUAAUCAGAGAGAGCCAAAGGCAGCCAGGGACCCACACCUUGGCCUUGAGGUUCGGGCAUCAGACCCUCAACUACCGACUGUUCUACGAUGGGAAGCACUUUGUCGGAGAGAAGAGGUUUGAGUCGGUCCAUGACCUGGUGACAGACGCCCUGAUCACUCUGUACAUUGAGACCAAGGCGGCGGAGUACAUCGCCAAAAUGACCACAAACCCCAUCUACGAGCACCUGGGUUACACCUCAUUACUCAAGGAUAAGAUGGUGCACAGGCUGAGCCGCGGACGCACCGAGCCACGCAGGGUCACCUUCCAGAAGGAUGAGCGGAUCACUUCUCCUCUGGUGCGACGGAGUGCCUUGAAAGACACGCCGGAGAAGCAGUGCUCCUACGAGAAGAUCCACAACUUUAAGGUACAUACCUUUCGAGGGCCGCACUGGUGCGAGUACUGUGCCAAUUUCAUGUGGGGCCUCAUCGCCCAGGGCGUCCGCUGCUCAGAUUGUGGGCUGAAUGUACACAAACAGUGUUCCAAACUGGUUCCGAGUGACUGCCAGCCGGACCUGCGCAGAAUAAAGAAGGUGUUCAGCUGUGACCUCACCACGCUCGUCAAAGCUCAUAACACGACGCGGCCCAUGGUGGUGGACAUGUGUAUUCAGGAGAUAGAGCUGAGAGGUAUGAAAUCAGAAGGUCUGUACCGAGUGUCUGGCUUCUCCGAGCACAUAGAAGACGUGAGGCUCGCGUUUGACCGAGAUGGUGAAAAGGCAGACAUUGGUGCUGCGGCGUAUGCAGACAUCAACAUCAUUGCCGGGGCUUUGAAGCUGUACUUAAGGGGCCUUCCCAUCCCUGUCAUCCCUUUUGACUUGUACUCCAAAUUUGUUCAAGCUGCGAAAAUCCCAAAUGUGGAAUCCAGACUGGAGGCCAUUCAUGAGAGCCUGCUGCAGCUCCCUCCAGCACAUUACGAAACCCUACGAUACUUGAUGGCUCACCUGAAGAGAGUGACGAUGUUUGAAAAAGACAAUUUAAUGAGUGCCGAGAACCUGGGGAUUGUGUUUGGUCCAACGCUCAUGCAGCCACCGGAGCAGAACGCCUUGACAACCCUGAAUGACAUGAGGCAGCAGAAACUUGUGGUGCAGCUAAUGAUUGAGAAUGAAGACGUCUUAUUCUGAGGACUGAGGGCCUGUCGUGGCCCGCGGCGUGCUACGAAGGACAAUUAUUUAUUCUGUCGAGGAGGAAAAUCGAAGCCACCUCGAUUCUGAUGAAGUUUCACAAGAUUUUGUAAUCAAAUUAAUCUUGAGGCGCUUCUCUUCCCGCAUGACUGUUUUUGUUAAAGUCGGUCUAGUGUUGACUUUGUCUCGUUACCGUCAGUUUUGGGUUUCCAUACUCAGCCGAGACCAUCGUUUUUAUACUAUGGAGUGAUACAGAGUAUUUGAUAGUGUCAACAGUGCUGCUCCCUGUCACUACCUGGUGUAGACUCAGUCAUGAUGACAGCACUGUGUGAACUCUGCCUCAGGCAGACUGUCAGUGUCUGACAGCCUGGUGCUGCAUAAACCAAGACUCACAGCAGCACAGACCGCAACGAUGUUCGUUCCCUAUUGUGCAUAUACGUCAUAUACCUUUUUGUUGGAACGCUGGCGAAAACUUUAAUACAAGUCCUUACAUUGUACAUAAAAUCAGAUCAUGUGAUGAUCAAAUCUUUUAACUGUGUGUACUUAAACAUGAGAUGUGAGACAACCAGUCGCUCAUUAAGCACUUUUUUCAGGCAAGUGUAAAGAUUUAUUUUGUAAAAAUGUUUAUUUUUGUCUCUGCAUCCUGUUCUGUCACAAUAAUAUAUACAAUGUUGAGAAUGUUUUUUGUCGAGAAUGAUGUCUAAAAAAAUGAAAAGAGUAUGAAAAUAA